AAAAGGAAGGGACUUUCAUAAUAAAAGUGCAACGUUCUCACAGGGGCCUCUCUCUCGAUCGAUCGAUCGAUCGAGUUCCGUCACCGCACAAUCUCCGGGAAAGGAAAUAUUUACUGAGAAUAGAAAGUGAACAUAGCAUCCCAUUCGUAAUCGAUUCCUUCUCUCCGGCGGAUUCUGUCUUCGAAACCCUUAGACCUGGUUUUGGUUCCGAAAACCAGGGCCAGGUCGGGAAAAGGAUAGAAGAGCUUCCGUUCUUCCACCACCAAAUACCUUUGAUUCUGAGCUGUUAUUGCAGGCAAUUUCGUUGCAGAUCUUUGCAUUCCAAUCCAAGCUUCAUUAUCUAUAUUUUCCUCCAAGAUGAACGACCUACUAUCGGAUUCCUUUGAGAUCCCUCGAAGUCAAGCUUCAAGGGAUGGGGAUAUUGAAUUAGGAACACAAGCUCCAAUGAACUCAGGAGACCUGGGCUUGGAUAAUUUCUUUAAAAAGGUCCAAGCUAUUGAGAAAGAAAUUGACAAGCUUAAUAAGCUAUCGAAAAAGCUCCAGAGUGCAAAUGAAGAGUCGAAGUCCGUGACGAAGGCCGCUUCCAUGAAAGCAAUCAAGCAGCGUAUGGAAAAAGAUGUAGAUGAAGCUGGCAAAAUUGCUCGUCUAGUGAAGUCAAAAAUUGAAGAGCUUGACAAAGAUAAUAUGGCCAAUAGGCAGAAACCUGGAUGCGGAAAAGGAACUGGUGUAGACCGCUCUAGGAUGGCAACUACUAUGUAUAUUCUUCUUCUCUGCUAUUUUAUUUUAUUUUUAAAAUUUUGGGAGAUGGAGUGUAGGGAUUAUUCUCGACAAGACUCUACUCUAAGAGAAAACAUUCAUCAAGAGAAUCGGGAGGUUGUUGAGAGAAGAGUUUUUACAGUAACUGGUCAAAGAGCUGACGAAGAGACAAUUGAUCGGCUAAUAGAGACUGGAGAUAGUGAACAAAUAUUUCAGAAAGCUAUCCAAGAACAAGGCCGUGGCCAGAUAAUGGACACCGUGGCAGAAAUUCAAGAGCGCCAUGAUGCAGUAAGAGAACUGGAGAGGAAACUUCUUGAGCUGCAGCAGGUUUUCCUAGAUAUGGCAGUGUUGGUGGAAGCACAAGGCGACAUGUUGGACAACAUUGAGACCCAGGUUUCUACUGCAGUUGACCAUGUGCAAUCAGGAAAUACUGUACUCCAAAAGGCGAAAAAGCUACAGAAGAAUUCUCGGAAAUGGAUGUGCAUAGCUAUAAUUAUCCUUCUCAUUAUUGUGGCUGUCAUCAUUGUGGGUGUUCUAAAGCCAUGGACCAGUAAGAAUGGUGCUUAGUCGUCGGGAUCUGUAAUGUAAUAUGGUAGUUAUUGUUGAUAUGUGUUUGAUAUUUAGUGCUUUCUAAGUUAUGCCCAUAUUAUUUUCUUGGUCCAGUUCUCCCCCCCUUCCCCCCCUCUCGUUCUCUUUCUCCCUCUUCCCUCUUUUUUUUUUUAAGUCAGCUCUUGUUACUCUUUCUCAUACGCUCACAUAGUUAAUAUUGUACCUGCUAUACACUGGGAAUCUUUGUUAUUGUUUUCUGAAGUAUAGAAACACAUUGUGCUAUUCUAUUACUA